AUGCUAAUAAAUGAGCUAAUUGAAGCGGCCCCUCGGCCUCCUCCUCCGGCGUCCUUCCUCUUCCUCUCCCCUCCGGGCCCCCAAGUCCGUCACCCUCCUCAACCCCCUCCCGGCCUGGCGGUCUCCCUCCCCCCCUCGCCGCGCCCCCGCCUGCUGCCGUCGCCCGGCCUGUCCGACCCCACCUCCCUGACCGUCCUCCUCGCCGGCGACGACAUGGUCUCCCCCUUCUCCGUCAAGAACCUCUCCUCCGAGCUGUUCCUCGCCGACGCCCAGUCCGGCGUGCUGUCGCCCUGGUCCCUCCUCAGCCCUCCUCGCCUCUGCUCCUCCACCCCCACUCCCCAUGGCCUCCCUCCGCUCCGGCGCCUCUUCUACUCCCUGACCUCCUCCCCCUGCGUCCUCGCCUUCGACGUCGCCACCAACGCCUGGACCAAGAUCCAGCGCCCGAUGCGGCCGGUUCCUCCGCUCCCGAGCCUGACCGUCCUCGACCAGAAGCUGGUCAUGGUGGCGGCGGUGGAGAAGAGGAGGCUGGCGGUGCCGAGGAGCGUUAGGGUCUGGGAGCUGCAGCAGCAGGCGACGAGGGGGAGGGUGGGUCGAGGCCGAGAGGAUGCCGGCGAGUUCCACAGGCAGUUCGAGGAGGCGAGGCGGGGGAGGGGGUUCGAGUGCGGUCGGCAGCGGGGGGUCCUGGCGGUGACGGUGGGCCGGGGUCGGCGGACGUGGGGCGCUGUUCUUUCCGGCGGAGGAUGGACGUGGCCCCCCGGUGCCCGUCGUCGUCGUCGGCGGCGGGGGGCUGAGGGGGCUGGCGUACGAGCCGAGGCUGGCCACGCGCGCUGGGCUGAUUGA